ACUCCUCAGCUACCCCUGCCGCAGGCUUCGGGUAUGGGGUCUGCGGGCCUGGCGCGCUUGCAUGGCCUCUUUGCGGUCUAUAAGCCGCCGGGGCUAAAAUGGAAACACCUGCGGGAUACCGUGGAGCUGCAGCUUCUGAAGGGUCUUAAUGCUGGGAAACCUCCUGCCCCUGAACAGCGUGUUCGCUUCUUGCUGAGUUCCAGAGAAGGCAAUGAAAAGGAGUUGACCCUUACAGCUACCAGUGUGCCCGCUCUCACCAACCAUCCACUAGUACGUGGACCAGCAUUUACCAGGCUGAGUAUUGGUGUGGGACACAGGCUGGAUGCCCAGGCUUCUGGGGUUCUUGUGCUCGGCGUGGGACGUGGAUGCAGGCUCCUCACUGACAUGUACGAUGCUCAUCUCACUAAGGAUUAUACAGUGCAUGGCAUCCUAGGCAAAGCCACAGACGACUUCCGUGAGGAUGGGCGGCUGGUGGAGAAGACCACAUACGACCAUGUGACCAGAGGGAAGCUAGACCGGGUCCUGGCUGUGAUCCAAGGCUCCCACCAGAAGGCCCUGGUAAUGUAUUCCAACCUCGACCUGAAGACUCAGGAGGCCUACGAGAUGGCUGUGAGGGGCUUGAUCCGACCCAGGAACAAGUCCCCGAUGCUGGUAACCGGCAUCCAGUGCUGCCACUUUGCACCUCCAGAGUUUGUCUUAGAGGUGCAGUGCCUGCAUGAAACGCCGCAGCAGCUGCGCAGGCUGGUGCACGAGGUCGGCCUGGAACUGAAGACCAGCGCUGUCUGCUCCCAGGUGCGGCGCACACGCGACGGCUUCUUCACACUGGACGAUGCUCUCCUGAGGACCCACUGGGACCUACAUAGUAUCCAGGAUGCCAUCCAGGCUGCAGCCCCCCGGGUGGCAGCAGAACUAGAGAAGAGCUUAAGACCAGGACUGGGCACCCAGCAGCUCUCUGGUCCAGACCAGCCCUGGGACUCUGAGGACACAAGUGCUACCUUGGGGCUGGAAACACACGCAGGGCAUUGAAGGGCCAGGCAGCUGGUGGGACAGCAGGUGGAUAAAGAGAUAAGAAUUCAAGAACUGUUAGGGACCAGCAGGUGGCAUAGUGGUUAUGUCCUUGAGCUCCCACAUGGUAGACUGUGGUUCAGUCCCUGACCCAGUGGCUUGAAAAUCAGGCUGGGCACAUGUGUGUGCAUA